AUGAAAGUAAGGUUUAUUUUUGUAAUAUUUUGUAUCAGUACUUUAUUUAUUUUAUUUUUAACUAUAUUAAAAACAGAUCUUGGAAAUAAUACAAAAUAUUUAUAUAAUACAAAUAAUACAAAUGAAAAUAUUUCUUCAAUCAUAAAGUUUAUUAUUAAACCAAAAUGUGAUAUUAAUUUUAUAAUUUGGAUUGUCACAUCUUCUGCAAAUGAUGCUGCAUAUAGAACAGCAUUACGAUAUGCAUAUCCAAAUGAAAUGUUAAAAAGUUUGAAUAUCACAAGAGUUUUUUUAUUAGGAAAACCUAAAGAAGAAAGUAUGUGGAAAUAUAUAUUAAAAGAAUCACAAAAGUAUAAUGAUUUGUUACAAGGAGACUUUUUGGAAAAUUAUAAAAAUCUUACAUUAAAACAUUUGAUGGGUUUAAAAUGGGCAUCAAGUAAUUGUAAAGCUAAUUUUCUAAUAAAAACUGAUAAUGAUAUUGUAUUAGAUAUUUUUGAGAUAUUAAAACUUUUACAAGAAAAAAAAAUAGAGGAAAAUACUAUGUCUGGAUAUAUUUUAAGAAAUAUGAAACCAAUUCGAAUAUCAAAUAAUAAAUGGUUUGCUACAAAAGAAGAUUUUCCAGGUGAAAUUUAUCCAGAUUUUCUUUCAGGAUGGUUUUAUAUAACCAAUUUAAAAGUUGCACAAUUAUUAAUUAAUACAAGUGAAAAAUUUAAGAAUUUUUUUUGGAUAGAUGAUGUAUUUAUUAGUGGAAUUUUAAGACAAAAAUGUGAUAUUAAACUUAAAGAAUUAAAUAGUUUUUAUGCAACAGAUUAUAGGUAUUUGGAAUGUUGUAUACGAGAUAAAAAGAAAAAACUCAAAUGUGAGUUUAUUGCAGGACCUGAUGGAGGUAAAAAAGAAUUACAUAUCAAGUUUAGAAAAUUUUCUGAAUAUUGUCAAUGGAAUUGUUAUAAAAGAAUGAAAGAACAAUUAGUAUCAAAAACUUGUGUAGUUGCUUAUGAAGAAGAAAUGCACGUUGUGAAUUCUAAAGCUUAUAUUUACUAUGUAUAAAAUUUAUAAAGUUAAGUUAUAUUGGAAUUAUUUCCAAUUUAAGUUAGAAAUAAAUUGCAACUAACUUUGCGAUGAUAUGAAGCAAAUUCACAACACCAAGUUCAUAUGAUAUUGUAAUAAUAACAAACUAAUGCGCAUACGUAAAUUAUUUGCACGAAUGGCGAUAACUUGAGUUUAUAUAUAAUCUUUAUUUAAAUAAAUUAAUAUUAAAUAUAAUUAAAAAAAAUAUAUAUUAAAUAUAUAUUAAAUAAACAUGA